AUGCCGAAGAGGACGACUCACACGUACUCGAGCGAGGACGCAGCGCCCGACGGCCCCGAGUCGGAGCUCUUCGUCUACCACUGCAAGCACUGCGCCUCCCAUGUGCUCAUCACUGGUUAGACUCUCCCACGGUGGCUUCGUUUUGAAUUGGUUUUCCCUCUUUUCCUGGAUUGGUGGCGAAGUGUCCAUCUUUGGUAAUGGGGAUAGGAAGCGGCGUUCCGGGGUCGUUUCCCUGAGAAUUUCCGCAUCCUCGAGGAUCUGCGUUCUUGUUUCCUCUUUGUUGCCGAAUCCGUAUGGAAUGAUUCCUUUUCAUGACCCGGGUUUACCACCUUUCCUGAGAUACUUUAGCGACUUCAUCGAAUAUCUCAUUUCUAGAGUUACUUUUAUGAAACCAGUUGGGCUUUGAAUAUAAAUUCGCAUGCUAAAACGCAAUCUUGGAUUCCCGUCGGUGCCGAAUCUUUUUCACAUGUCGAAAAUUGGGCGCGAUUGCGCUUGGCUUUAUGAGUCAAAACUGAAGGUGAGGUAUGAAAAUGGGAGUUCUUCCCCUAUUCAUAUGAAAAAAGCUAGAAUGGGGCUAGGGGGAAACCUGGUGGAAAAUAGUUAACUUAUUUUUAAUAUCCAUUCUGACUGCUCUUUACUUCGUAUUCUUACUCAGUCCAAAGUACUACAAAAUACGACUUAAAUUUAUAUAUGCAGUUUGGGACAACAUCCUUCCCCGUUGGUUUCCUGAGGUUAAUCAGUGUAGCGGUCGAUCCUCUCAAAGCUUGGCACCUUUGACCACCCUAGUAUAACAGGAGUAUGUCUGUGCCCUGGAUUUAUGAGGAAUCUUCAUGAAGAAGGGAUGGGCCUCUUAGUAGAUUUCCCGCCCAUUCUUGUUGGGUAAUCCAUGCAUGGGACAGAAUGAGAUUCAGGUAAUUGGAAAUGGGGAAGAUGUGGCUAAUUUUCAGUUUAUCAGCAUUUAUCCUUAUUAAUGAUGGUGAUGCAAGCAUCGUUUGGAUCAAUAUGUUGGGGACGACUCAUUUCCCUCGAAACUAGGACGUUUCACGUGGAGAAAAUCACAUGGCUGCGCUGCACCCUCACCUGUGAUCGCUUAUCUGGCUUCUUCAUUCUUCGUGUUGCCUUUGUGGAGCUUAAGAGGAAGACUUAGACUUUAUAUUCCUUAGGUAUUUCUCCACAUGGUGGAGGUACUCCCACAGAUCUGAAUGUGGGAGGGAGAAGGUGAAAGCGGAGGUGGAACACAGAGGGAGAUCAAGUUGUGUAGUGGUUCAUUCUGAAUGCAACAAUCGAGCUCUUUUGGAAGUGACAUAAUAGUGACAUUUUUGAGUGGAGGAGCCACUCAAUAAGUGGAAACAUGCAUCCCAUACAAGAGUUAAGUCUUCUGUUUUUAGUUGCACUUCUGGGCUUGUGCUGCUUGGUGAUGCGUAGGGAGAUUUCUUUCAUUUUUGUAAACUGAUUGCAGGCAUCUGGAUAAAUCUUUUUCCCUUGUUUCUCCAUCUAGUAACCUCCACUUUCAUCAGAAAAUACCUAAUAAGGACGUCCUUUUCAUUUUCAGCAAUAUUCAUUUAGUUUGCUCAUGAAAUGAUAGUUAUGCCUGAUAACUAAGUCAAAAGAAUGCUGUGUACAUAGACUAGUUCGUCUAACAGUGUUGGGACAAUGGAAACAAGAAGUCAUAGGUUUACGAGAAGGAAAAACGUGUCACAUUUUAAGUGAUACAACUCAGUGACCAGAGUAAGGAAAUUUUUUUAUGCACUUUCUGAUGAUCUAGUCAUGUAUGUAGAAAACUGGCAUGAACUUCUCAUAAGACACGAUUAUUUUGUUGUCUAGGUUUCAUAAAAGUAGAGAGAUAUACUGAAAAAGACAUAUUGAUGUAGGGAAAAGAAAUAAUAUGGAACGGGGCUGGUAGAAUGGAUUUAUAGUGUAUGAUAUGCUUGGCUUGUGGAACAUGAAUUGUGUCUCUGAUCCCACUUAGCUGAUGUGAUAAGUAAGAGUAUUUCUCUUAUGCUCAUUUUUCUCUGGCAGGAGUUCAUGAUAGAAAAAAUGUUUGAGUUUGGAACUUAGUUCUGGACUAUAUGUUUGUAUAUAUAUACUCAUAAAUAGUGAACUUGUCAGUGUUUUACUCAACUCUGACAUCGUCUUGAUAGGAGUGUGUCUGCGAAUAUAUUUAUGCUUUUUUUUUCCGCAAGGGUAAACCUAUAUGUUAUGAUCUACAUUUCCAUGUUAGGUGCCUCCCACAUGAUUUAUACUGGAAAAUUUUGUUUGUUAUCUACGUCUGCUGCUUUCUCAAAUGGGAAUUAUAAACAAAUGAUGUUUGAUGAAUACACUAAGUGACCAAGCAUUCUCUUUGAAGAUAUGCAGUUACAGAAAAUGCCAAGGAGGAAGACAGACAAUGCAUAUGUUCUGGACAAGAAGAGGCAUCUAGCAAGAUUGAAUAUUAAAGAAGCAGGAAAAGUUGUUCUUAGACGGUAUUCAGACUGCUUUCAUGAUGCGAGUUGAUCAUUUAUUCUGCAUGUUUUAUUGAUUAGUUGAAUGUGAGAGAGAUACCUCCUUAUCUGUGUUAACUCGUCUGAGUCAUUAUGCAGACACAACGUUACGGACGAAUUGACUCACAUUGUUGAGUGCCUUAAAAAUAGAUGAUAGAAAAAUAGAUAAUCGGCAUUGGUAUCAGCGGACUAGAAGAAUCUGAUUUUUAGAUUUUCGGGUAGUGCUUUUAUCUUAAUCUGUAUAUUUCUUCUGAAUUUAUUUCAGAAGGAAACAAUUUUUUUAUUCUGCUUGAGUUACUAAAGCAUCUCUGUCGUACAUAUAAACUACUUCCUAGUUUUCAUAUUUUAGCAUCAUUUUUAUCGAUCGAUAAAGUCAACUCUUUCUUGAUUUUCCUUUUCUUUCCUUUUUUUCCCAAGGCAUUUCCAGUCUUCGAAUGAAAAAAAAUUCAUGAUGAGUAUCAUACGCAUUUGACAUUAUGAUUCUUCUCUGGAUAUUAAUUGUCAUUAUUGAGGUUAUAUGUAUGACUGUUGGCUUUUUGCAUCCAGUGGCGAAGGGAAGCUUGAAAGACAGUUCCGUAUGAAAUGUGUGGGGUGCGAGCUUUUUGUUUGUUACAGAUCAGAAGAGGAUCCAGAAGCUGCUCCCUUUAUCUAUGUUAUUGAUGGUGCGCUGAGCUCAAUUGCAGCAGAAACAAACCCUCAGGUAUCUCUGCUAGGAACUAGUUUCCUAUUUCUAUUCUUGUCACUUCUUUUGCUUGUUCUUUAUGAUGAUGCUAUGUUAUUCUCUCUUCCUGUGAUGGCUUUCUAUCAAUGCUCACAUUGCUUGAUAAUCUUUGAUUGAGUAUUUUGCUGCAUAUAAAACGUUUUGAAGUAAAAUUGGGAUUAUGACUGUCAAGUUUCAGCACGCGCUGGUCUAAAUUUUAGUCUUCCGAGUAGAUUCAUGCUUUGGAACACCAACUUUGGCGGAUCUCUUCACGGCGUGGUUAGUAAUAGUAACAACUAGGUGUAAAAGACGCUUUUUUUUUGUGCGCAUGGAAGAUCUUUGUUAUGAUCAUUUGAGAAUAUGCUUUUCUUAGCAAUCCUGGAGCCCAUUAAUUCUAAUGGUUGCCUGACCAGAGUCAUACACUAUGGCAUUCAUGUUUUCCUUGGUCUUUAACAGAUCCGCCUCAGUUAGAGCUUCGAGACUCCCCUGGCCAAUAAAUUCUCUGCUGGAGAAAGAAAAGGCAUCUGAACAGUCAUUAUUUUCAUCGAAAUUUUUUCUUUUUGAUAAUUCUUUCCGAUUAUUUCAUGUAUUACAUUUUUUUCAGUGUUUAUUGUCAGGAAACCGCUUGCCUGAGACAUGAUAUAUUGUCCCUCCACAUAUUGCUACAUAUUGCUACAUAUUUGCCUUUCUACACCUUUUGGCUGAUAUAAAAUUUAGAUUAUUCUCAUCUGCUGAACGCCUAUGUUGGAACGACAAUUUUGAUAAAAUGGUUUUAUUUAUUACCAGUUUGCAGAAAGAUUGUAGAACUCUUUCUACAUAUCUCCCGGAGUCUUUUAUGCUCAUACUAGUUCUUAUAUAAAGCUUUCUCUAUGAUGCAGUCCAGUAUUGUUCAGUUUUUGGAAUUUUAUUUUAUUUAAUGAUUUAAAAUUCAUGCAGAAAAGUGCAAUAAAAAUCUUUUAAUUAGUUUGUGGUCAAGUUAACUAGAUAUUACAUAUACAUCAUGCUCACAAGGUUUCUUCAUUGAGAAAUGAGGCGCCAGUACAUCCAUGCCGUUUCUCGUUUCUUUUCAUUGAGUCUGAGAUCCCUGUUCCCUCAUAUACUUUAAAUGCGAUCCUGUGGAUGUAUACUUCGAACCUACCGCCAACUACUAGUUUGUCAUUGUUGUAGGAUGCCCCUGUGCCUCCGUGCAUAUCUCAGUUAGACGGUGGUCUUGUCCAGGUGGCAAUUGAGGUGGAAGACAGAGCACACCGCUCUGCAAUUACAAGUAAUCUUGCUGCCUGACUAAUUAUUUUACAGCAUUCUUUAGAGGUAAUAGCCAUUAGUUUUAUGGAGCUGAUUAUUUUUACAUAGAACACUUCGAAGUAAUGCCAUCAAUUUCUUGAAACUACUUGUGAGUUAUCAUAAUAAAAGUAUCGAUUCCGCUAUUCAUGUAACACCAAUAAUGAUAUUUUUUAAUCUGUUAUCAUUCUUGAUACAAAUAUUUAUAUGUUUUCUGUGAAUAAUGUCUCUAAUGUUCCAAGAUUGAUGACAUUGAAUGUAUUGUAUCACACUCUCUGUUCCAUUCACCAUCUUGGGAUCGCUUUGCAUAUUGAGAUAAGUAGUGGCCUGAAAUCAUGAAUUAAAUAAUGAUCGAAGUAGAAUAAAAUCAACAAGUACAUACAAUUUAUAGCUAACUCCACUAACUUCAGCAAAUUCUUCUGAAAAACCAUCUCCCUCUUCUGAAAAAUCAUAUUUCGUUUUUGAGUCCUUGCUGCGUAUACAUCAUCAUCUAUAGGCGGCUUAUUCAAUGAUAUCUGAAGCUAACUGAAUCAGCAUCGUUUGUUGUCGGUGGGAUGACUCUCAUGCAUCUUUCCGAGGAAAUCGACCAAUAAGAGAGAACCCCUGAAAGAGUCAACAGUCAUUUCUUCUUCUUCCUGUACAUAUUUUCUAUAUCUACUAUACCUUUCGAUCUACAAAUGAGGAAAUUUUUUGAGUGGUUCCUCUAGUUCAUCUACUCAUUUAUGUAUUGCAUUCGCUCAGGAGUGAAUGCCGAUGAUGUUAGAGUGACAGUGGCAGCCCCUGCUACUCGUGGCGAAGCUAACAGCGAACUACUGGAAUUCAUGGGAAAGGUGAGGAACCUCUUGGUCAAGUUUACCUCUUUGGCUUUGGUCAACUUUUUCUACAAAUAGUAUCGCCACAGACCCAGUUCUUUCUCUACCCAUAAACUGAACUUAACGAAGCAGGUACUGGGCUUGAGAUUAAAUCAGAUGACUCUUCAAAGGGGGUGGAACAGUAAAUCCAAACUCCUCGUGGUGAGACACUCUUUGCUGGCUUAAUCUCUGUGAUUUAUUCAAGAAUUUUUAUGUCUCAUUAUUUUCUCGAAAAUCUGCGCCAUUUCUGUCUUUUAAGUGAUUAUUUUUUGACAACCUUAUUGACUCAAGGUUUUUUUUUUUUUUUUUUUUUGGGUGGGGGUGGGGGGGUUGCAGGUUGAGGACAUGUCUGCCCGAGAGGUUUAUGAGAAGCUUCUAGAAGCAGUACAACCCUGA